CAGAUCCACAGAAUUAGCCAGCUCCUCUGAAGGCAAACACCCAUUAUCAAGCUCUCACAGCCACCUGCUCUCCAGCAAUGCCUCCAGACUUUGACACCAACAUGAAGUUCAAGUUCUCGAUCCUGGCACUUCUUCUGGAAGUGAUUGUCAUUAUUUUGUUUGGGAUAUUUGUGGAUUAUGACCCAGAUCCUUCUAGAAUGUUAUACCCACAUUUUCAGGAUGUCCAUGUGAUGAUAUUUGUUGGAUUUGGUUUCCUGAUGACCUUUCUGAAGAAAUAUGGAUUCAGCAGUGUUGGUUUCAACAUGCUCAUUGCCGCCUUCGGUCUCCAGUGGGGAAUUCUGAUGCAAGGAUUUUGGCAUAUGGAAAGAGGGAAAAUUUCUGUUAACAUCGAAAGCAUGAUAAAUGCAGACUUCAGUACAGCAACAGCUUUGAUUUCAUUUGGAGCACUCCUGGGGAAAACAAGUCCCAUUCAGAUGCUGAUCCUGACUCUCCUGGAGAUCACCAUGUUUGCAUGCAACGAACACCUAGUUACCAAAGUAUUCAAGGCCACAGAUGUUGGAGCUUCGAUGACUAUCCAUGCUUUUGGAGCUUAUUUUGGUUUGGCUGCAGCUUUCGUCUUGUACCGUCCUGGUCUGGCAAACAAACAUGAUAAUGAUGAAUCCACCUACCACUCAGACAUGUUUGCCAUGAUUGGUACCCUGUUCCUUUGGCUUUUUUGGCCCAGUUUUAACUCUGCCAUUGCACAAGCCCAGGUAAUAGCCAUUAUCAACACUUACUACUCCUUGGCUGCCUGUACCAUCGUAACAUUCGCCCUCUCCAGCUUGGUGGAUAAAAGAGGCAAAUUCAGUAUGGUUCUCAUUCAAAAUGCCACCCUGGCAGGAGGAGUGGCCGUGGGUACCUGUGCUGACCUGGAAAUCCACCCUUUUUCUGCCAUGUUCAUUGGGGUCGUUGCUGGAAUUGUCUCUGUCCUUGGGUUCCAGUUCCUGACUCCUGUGAUGGCAUCCAAAUUGAAAAUUCAAGACACUUGUGGAGUUCAUAAUUUACAUGGUUUACCUGGAAUUCUGGGGGGUAUUGCUGGCAUCAUAGUGACUGCGAUAAAAACGGAAAGUAGGAAUGGUCAUGUGCUUACUCCUGCCAUGCAGGCUGCUGCCCUGGGAAGUACACUUGCAAUUGCAAUUGUGGGAGGAGCACUCACAGGUGCUAUUCUAAAGAUCCCCUUCUUGGGACAAGUAUCUGACCAGAACUGCUUUGAUGACUCUGCUUACUGGGAGGUUCCAGAGGAGGAGACAGUGCCUGAGUUUCACUCCAGCCACCGUGAUGAGCACAGCAGAUUUGAAGCUGCCAUGUAAAAAAAUAAUUAAUCUGCAGUAUUUGUCCUAAUGAUGCCCUUUUCUGUUUCUAAUGCUAAGAAAAAAUGAAAAAACAUCCAAGUAUUGUCCCAACCACACCAGGUUUUCAAGAAAAGCCUGAAGAUAUUUUUGUAGAAGAAAAUAAGUUGGAUUUUAGAUUACUUAGUCAUUAUGCCAAGCUCAGAUGAAUAAAUCAGGUCCUUCUAAUAUAUUUGUUCAUCAAAAAAAGGCACCACAAAUUGGUCUUUAAAAUUAUCUAUAUUUUAUCAGGACAAUAUAUUUAAUUGUGAAAUUUCUGAGUUACAUCCUUCAGCUGUAUAGGGGUAAUCAAGAAGAAAUUAAUUGAUUUUUUUAUAUGGAUUCAAACAAACUUUUCACUAGAGUAUCCCACCUUAAAUUUUUGAUAAAGUGUGUUGUCCUGUUUUCUGGUGGAGGAGAAAACAUGCUGUAUUUUGAAGCUUGAUUAUGACAGGAAGCAAAAUGUUGAAAUAAUUCUUAUGGCAAAUCACAGAACACAGUGAUUGAUAAGGCAAUAUGAGUAUCAAGAUUCAUUGUUAAAUGUUUAUUGAAAGGGAAAAGAAAGUGAAAUUGUUAAAAAAGUUCAUUAUUGUCAUAGAUCUAUUUAUUUAUUGUCAUAGAUUUAGUUAGUUUCAAGGACAUAAUAAGGGAACUGAGUAGGAGCUAAGAAAACCAAGUAAUUGCAUGAUAGGUCUUAUUCUAUUCAAAAGUAAUAAGUGAAUUGCAGCAGUGUUAAUGGCAAGAAAUACAACCUGAACUAAUGCCAGCUCCAGAAAAAACACGAAUUGUUUGGAACUGAUUGGAAAGAAAUUAUGUUCAACCUACGGAAGACUCAGCAGAGAACUUCCAUGGGGUGAGUCACUGACUCGGGAGUCACUUUCUCCUAAAAGUGAAAGCAAAAAGAAGAAAACUGAAGCUAAAUUAAGGAAAAUUAACUUCCUCGGAGAAGUGGUGACAGAGGCUGCUCAGUUCAGAGACAAAAAUUGAGGUAGCUGAAGGAAUUCCAUGAGGUGCCUUCGUGCAUGGGAUGAUCCAUUGAGAGACAAUGGAUGGGAAGUGGAGAUCAAGCAGAAGGAACACAGUGCCUCAAUCCAUCAUUCACGGAAAGCUACUGCUGAUGUCUGAAUAACAGGCCAAAGAGGGUGAACUUUCAACCUUCUUUUUUAAUACUAGGAUCUUAUUUCAAGUCUUACUUAUCAAACUUAAGGGGGAAACUCCUCUCACAUAAAAUAGCACAUGCAUUUUCAUUUCUGCUGAUGUAUUUUUCCUUGAAAAUCUUUAGAAAGAUACUAGGUAGGGCUGUCCCAUAUGUUGUACCUGCUAUAUACUGCUACAUAUGUCAGAUUUCUAUCCAUGAAUAAAAAUACACUUGUUGUGUCACACUUUAUUUCAGAUAAACUCUUUUGCAGAUGUGCAAUGACUGACUCUCUUCUACCUUGUUGGCUGUAAGAUGACCUUUAUCCUCUCAGAGCUGUCACACAUUCAUUUUUGUAAAAAUUGGGGAAGCAUUUAACAAUGUAAAUAUUGCAUUUGUAAAAAUUUUAGAAGUAUUUUGUGCAUAAUUUAUGGAAUGUUGAAGUACUUGAAAAAGAUUUCAUCUCUGAUCAGCCUCUAAAAAUCUUAUAUUCAAUACAUUAAUUUCACCCCUCAAAUUCUUGCUUGGGAGUUGAGAGGGUCUUUCAUUCACCUUAAAGGAGGGUGAGGUAAUUUCACUAGUUUUGAGUGCUGACCACACAGGAAUACCUGAGUUAGGAAGCACCACCUACUGGCAGUAAACUAAUAAUUUGAAUUAUAGUAAUUAAUAAUUUGAGUCAUAAAAUCCUUAAGGUUGGAAAAUACUUCCAAGGUCAUCAAAUCCAACCUUGGAUGGCUUAUCAUCAUAACCAGUAAACUACAUUGAGAAUUCCAUGUCUACUCACUUCUUGAACACUUCCAGGGAUGGUGACUCCCCUGCUUCCCUGGGGAGCCUGUUCCAGUGUUUAACCACUCUUCCAGUGAAGAAUUUUUUCCUAAUAUCCAACCUAAACCUUCCUUGGUGAUGGACGCCCUCAGUAAUAACAUUUAGCGGUUCUUUUAAAAUCCAAAAAGGAAAAACCUAACUAUACAUUUUUGUUAUCCAGUUCUGCUUAUAAUCUUUCCAUAGUAAUCCAUACCCUCAUCCUCUCAGUACUCAUUGUCCCCAAACUUCUUUUUCAGAAGACUCCUCCCCCAGAGAAAUCAGUCCCUUAGGUUCUGUCAAAAAACAGAGUAGAGAGAUGAAUCCCUUUGUCUUACUAGAGCUUUAAAUAUUGAGUUUUUUCCAUGCAACUGUGCCCUUGAAGUAUACAAUUUCUUUCUCCAAAGGCUUUUUACCCUAAUUGCUCAUGUCCACAUUGCAGAUGCCAGUGGCAUUUGGUUCUCUGGCUUAGGGCAUUUUCUUUGGUUGUGUAUUUCCCAAUUAAUCAAAGCUUUGAAUACCUUGAAUCAGCAGAGCUUCAUUAAUAAUUAGUUACAACUUCUGUGAAAUACAUGACUGGAUGUUUAAAAGACAGAAGCUGAAAAAAUUUUACUAAAAACCCUUUUGUUCUUCCAUGAGAAAGCCUUACACUGGCAAGAAAAUAAAGUAAGGAGUUAAAUAAGACAUGGAGUGGAGGAUGAGCUUAAAGGAUGGGACUGAAAAUUAAACAGAAGUUAAAGUACAACUACUCUAAAUUUGAGGCUCGCAAUAUCAGCAUUUCUUGUCUUUCUCAUAAAAGACUGGCAAUGUUUUAUCCCUUCCAACAACCACUCAGCACUCUUCCUGUCUUACCUUUGUUCUCACUUUGACUUUUUUUACAUUUAGAGAGCUUAAAUAAGGCGUCGUGGCGUGAGGCCUUUUUUGUUUUCUGGGCUUUUUUUUAAUGAGUAAAACUUCAAUGAUAUCUUCUUUAAACUAGCUAAAGGUCAAGCUUACUUUAAACUAACUAAAGGUCAAGCUUAUUUGUCAGCCCUUUUCAGAAUAGCAGUGGGUAAUCAUAGCUUUGAAGGCUGUUGUAUAGUUCUGCAUUCCUACCUCAGAGCAGUAUCUUUAUGAAAAGAAAAUGUACUUGAAAGCCAUUGGCUGAAUAUUUGCUUACAAAAUUUAUUUUAACAUUUGUGCUCAAAUCUGCUGCUGAAUAAAUGCAUUAAUUGAA